AUCGCUCUCCUUUGGCUGUGCCACCGUGACGAACAGUCCAAUCCACUUGAUUCCAGCCCAGGUCGGUCUGUGAGAGGCAACGGGAAUGCAGAAGGCUACAAUGGCUCAUGGAUGCCUCGUUGAGCUGCCCUGCGAUCAUGGAGCUCCAUUCAUGUGCUCCGUACCCUCGAAAGAGUCCCUCGCAUCUGGUUUCUAACACUUUUCUCUCUUGCGGCUUCCCUCGUCUGUCUCGGUCGAGCGCAGUCUCGUUGUACAAGAGCUUGCUGACUGAGCAUGCGCCCAGUCGCUGCAACGAGUUGACCUGUACAGCAGUGUCGCAAUCUCACCCAAAUCCGAUCUGAAAGGCUGAGGAUGGACAUCACUUCACUCGUCCGUGCUGUGAUCGGAGCCUUCGAAGAUGCGAUCAAGCUAGUUCAGCGCAUCCGCAACCAGAGACUGAAGAGCAAUGGCGGACAACUACCAGAAGAACCUACACGAGAUCUACUCGAGUCACUUGCGCUGGGUCCGGCGAUCGUCCGAGGACACUAUGAGCAUGACCUCAAGCGAUUCGGGGAGCAAUAUGCCUGUGGGGACAUACAAGCGAGGGAACAACUGAAAGAUAUCCUGAUCAACUUGCAAAUGACCUUGAUAACCACACUUCGGAUGGUAUACAUGGACGAUAUGGACCUGGACUUUGGGGUGCUUCAGAUCUGCUCCGACGACUGCAGGGUGAAUGCUGGAGUCUGUCUUGGACAAUUGUCGCAACGGUUGUCAGAAGCGGCCAAGGCACAAGCACAUUAUCCUGUGAGUGCGUCCUAUUCGUCUGGAUCCGCCUUGAUGCCGCCCAUGUCGCCGUCGUUGGGUUAUUCCAGUAGCAGGAGUACUCACUCUUCGGUGGCUCUCCAGGCACCGCACACACCAGACACGAUCAACGACCAAUUCCACAAUCUUAGCGUGUCACCCCCUGUCCAGCCACACUAUCUCGAGCGCCAAUUGUCUGCAAGCUCAGCAGGGUCGCAAGAGUUGUACGCUCGGAAACCUCUUCCCGUACUUCAGCCGGUCGUGGGAUCUCACCUCAACGCGCCCGUGGUCCGCGAACUGAAACCUGACAGAUCCGACGUGAUCAGUAUGCGACGCAGAUCAUCUCAGGCCCUUGCGCCUGACGACAAUAUCUUACAGCUCUUCCCUCAGCCUGGUGGGCCAUCGAAUACGGAUGUCAAACCAGUAAGACAACACCUGGACAACGGAUCGGCGUUGCAUUCGGGCAAGAACAGCCAUCCUCAAUCUCGCGACGUGUCACGAGCUUCAAGCGGUCGCCAAGGUCAAAACUCGAGAGAACGAUGCGGACCUGAUGAUUUUGUGGAUAGCACACGCCAGCUAAGCAAUGGGACAAUCUACGACAUGUAUCACCCGCCCACCCCCGACAGACAACCGUCCACUUCAUAUGCUCAUAGAGCUCAAGCGACUGGCCACAAUACCGUUGAGCAUGUGCGGUACCUACAAGAAAAGAGCAGGCCACCGCGGGUACAGCCUCCUAGGACUGAUUCUCUGAAUGCUCCACCGCAGAGAGAACCCCUUUACGACCAUAGAACAGCCCGACUGCAAACAGCCUCGCCUGUCCCGGCGCCACGAGCACCACCGGCCCGUUCUUACUCUACGACGCCAAUCCAGUACAGUUCCAGUAAUGGCUAUCGCCGUCCGCCCACCGCUCCUCUGCCACCACCUCCCCCUUCCCCGCCUCAAUUACAAGCUCUCCCGCAAAUUCAACCGCAACCUAGUCUCUCACAGCUCCUGGCACCAUCGUCAAUUGGAGCGCCCUCGAUCCACACGGUAGCAUCUUCCACGCCAUCCGUCCAUCCGCCCGUACCGACCGGUCCGCUCACCCUCCCCACAGACAAAGACCUUCGGGGAUUUUGCAAGGGCGCAUUUCGCUUACAAGCUGGCCUCGAGCGCAAGGCUUUCAGCGUGGCCAACAAACCGGCCGGGUUUUCUGGCAUGAUCAGCUUCUGGAGAUGUGAGAAGUGUAAUUUCGAAGGACCUGUGCAUAAUACCGUCAACACCACCGACGAUAAGAAGAAAAAGGGCAAGCCAGAAAGAGCAUUCGAUCCGAAGAUCCGUGUCUCAGAGGGUGGCGGCGUGCGAUAUAAAUGGGCGUUCCUGGCGCGAUGUCACGUGUCGCUCAAGGGUAUGGUCCCUAAUGAGACGAGGGACGGCAGUUUCGGCAGCUUCGGAUGCAUUUUCUGCUGUGCCGAGGCGAAGAAUCGAGGAUGGUCACAGCCUGAGGAGGCAGGCUCGAUUAGGUCGUCGACUUCGGGGAGUGUGAGGUCCGGACAUACGGCGAAUACGGCGGUCAAGGUCGACGGCAAGGACGGUGCGACGCCGAUCUUUGGGAAUGUCGCCAGUUUCAUGCUGCAUCUUGAGAGUGUGCAUCGGGGCCAUGACGGAUGGCCCAAUGCUGAGAUGCUGGGACGGUUCAAAGUCGUUGUUGGACGGUUGGCUGGUGUUCAUGAGGACGGGUGGGAUAUCAAUUUCGUGCCGUUUUGA